AUGAAAGAACUGCAUUUUCCGGUUCUAGAAGACCUGGUCUCGAAUUCGUUCGAGGAAAACGAAACGAUCUUCUCGAAACUUUCCGUGAGAAAACACUUCGCAUCUCGACCGGAUCUGAUUUUAGCCUCGUCAACCGUUUUCGCGCGAUUGCGAAUGAGCGAACGCGCGAUGCUGUUGAAAUCCGUGGUCGAUUUCGCGAGAGGAGGCGUGGAAGAGGAAGGAGAGGAAGAGAAAGAGAGAGAGGAGGAGGAAGAGAAAGAGAAGAAGAAAAAGAGCGAACGCACCGGGACGACGACCGCAGCGGCAACGAAGAAGAAAAUUUCGCAGACGAAAAUCAGAAAGAAAAAGACGAUGGAUUUUUUAGGAGGAGGAGGAGGAUCUUACGCUAAAAAGAGCGGCGAAGAUGAGGACGACGGGAGCGCGUCGUUGGUAACGAAGGCGAUCUCGGAAGAAGAUGCGAUGAAAUUUCUCGAGUUGGCGGAAAAGUGCGUGUUGUUCGCGAAGGAGAAGGAGGAGUAUGAAGCGCAUCUGGCCAACGCUUCGGCGCUCGCGAAGAAGGCGUUUGCGGUGGUCGCGAGGUCGUACGUGAAGACAUUGCGCGAGAUGGGAGUUUUGGAACGAGCUUUGGAGCCGCUGAAGUACGCUUUGAAAACGUAUUCAAACGUGGUAUCGAGAGGUAAGGUGACGUUUUUGCACGCGGUGUGUUACGAAACGUGCGUGGAACUGAAGAGAGAGAACGAGGCGUACGAGGGAGGACUUCUCUUCGCCGUGGAAGAUCCGUCCGAAACUGGAUUUAAGGCGAAAGAUUUCGCAAACUAUUGCUAUUACGCCGGUUUGUCGUGCUUGUGCGCGGAAAAGUACGAUCGAGCUAUUUCGUUCUUUUCACACUGCAUUUCGAUGCCGACGAAAGAGAAGUGCGGACGAGUCCAGAUGGAGAGUUAUAACAAAUUGCUCUUGGCGUCCAUCGUUCGAACGGGUGAAACGUCGACGUUUUUGUCCGAGAAGAGCGGGAUUCCCGCGAAGACAUCGAAUGUGGUCAGACAAGCGUUGAUGCAGCAAACGCCAUUUAUCGGUGGUGAUUAUGGUGGUAAGCGAGGAGGUAGGAGUUUUGGAAACGAGUCGAACGAGUUCGCAGAUGUGGACUUGGAGGACAUUUUAGCCGCGGGUGAUUUUGGCGCCGCGGAAGAUCCAAACAGAAAACAACAAUCGAACGAUUCAUCGCAGGACGACGAGAUGAAGAACGAGGAUGAACACGAAUAUCAUCAUCAACAAGGAACAAAAGGAGCUAGAGAGGAGACGACUCCGCAAAAGAUGAAGAUGAAGUUUGAAGAGGAAGGAGACGCUUUGGAUGACGACAUCGAUUCAUCGCCGCCGCCGGCGCCAAGAGGGGAAGGCGAAGAAGAUGCAGAAGAAGACGAGGAAAAGAAACAGCAACAGCAAAACAAUAGUCCCUAUCAACUUCUCGUGGAAGCGUUGUCGAACAAAAGUGUUCGUGGUGAUAAAUCAUCGUCAACGCCUUUGCAACGUUUCACGGAAACCAUGAAGAAGUACUCCGCCAUUUUCGAAAACGACAAAAAUGCAGACUUGGUCUUGUUAGCGCACAAAUCUGUCCAACUCGCGCAAGUCCGCAAAGUGGCAGAGACGUACUCGUCGUUAAGUUUGGGGGCUAUUGCGCGCGAGUUGCAUCUGGACGGCGGCGAAAGCGAAGCGAAGAUGUUGGUGAACGAAAUGGUUGCUCGAUCGAAUAUCCGAGGCGGCAUUACGGCGAAAAUUGACGACCAAAACAUGGUGACGUUUCACGAUCACGUCGAAGACGCGGCGACGAAGCAGGUGAAGUUGGAGACGGCGAUGGCGGACGUCGAAAAGAUGACGAGUCUGAUCAAACAGUUCGACGAGUUAAUGAUCACAGACGAGAAGUACUUUGCCAAGUUUUAUGAAAGGCAAAUGGACAGAAGGAACAAGUCGGCGAGAGGAGGUGACAGAGGAGGAGGAGGAGGAGGACGAAGAGCGCCGUUUUCAACAUUUGCAACAGCGAUGACGACGACGGCGACGGCGACUCCCACUGAAUGUGAAGGUGACGAAGAAAUAGCAAUGCUUUAG